AUGGCCACAAUUAUGGAGGUACAUACAGUCGUGGACAAGCAAAGCCCACCAAUUGCUUAUCUGGCUGAAAACUCAAUGAAAUCGCGAGAUUUUUUCAGAAUCUUGCUCAGUUUUUCAAAAGACGUCGAAAACACCCCCUCCGAAGUUUUUCCCACGAGUAAUUAG